AUGUCUACAGAACUUUCUUCCAUCACCGAGUGGGCGGAUAAACGCACCGCGGCAGUGUAUACUGCGAAAAGCAAAACCCUUGCAAAGCUUGCCGUGGAGGAAUUAUUUGCGCCCCACGUAAAGGCUUCGAUUAACGGAAGGAAAAUUAGUAGGGAGGAAAUUGACCAGCUCCUUUUGGAUAUGCGACCGACCGAGGAAGGAGCUUUAGGUUUCUACUGGACAGAUCUAGUGGGUGUGCCCCGGGAUCCAUCCCAUCGAGAUGGCUCAGUCAGUGGUAUGUUCAUCAUCAGUGGCCUUCAGAUUCCGGAUCCUAGAACGGGGGAGUUGGUUACUUCGUUCAGACGAAAGGGAGUAGCGGUCAUAAUUGAGUCGCAAUUCCAGGACCUAACCAUAGACAGUCGGAAGAUUGUAGAAUUUGUAGCUGUAGCAAACAACUUCCCUCUAGAUCAACUCGUGGAUCAGGAGAACGAACGGAAGACGUACGUCUCCAGGUAUGGCUAUAAAUUGUAA